UAUUGGGUUCUAAUACUUAGGACAGAGCUCGGGUGAAGAGCGGCCGUUUAAAAUUUUAACGUUUAAAAACUACGUUGCAUAUUUUAUAUUAAUUGACAAUGUUUUAGAAAUUAAUUAGCACUAGUUGUGCAUUUGGUGUUUACAUAAGUUGCUAAUAGUGAGUUUAUUAUUUGACAAAAGCCACAAUGGCCAUGCUAGACUCGUCGCUGACCGUCAUCAAUGACGGCGCUCACUCGUUGCUGGAACCGCCGUCGCCGGCCUACUCCAACACCACCGUCCGGCGCGCCUUCAUCGUGUGGAUGUACUGCGGACAGGCCAACAAGUUCAAGGAUGUCUGCAACUACUACCACUAUCUGGAGGCCAUGGAGGACAAACUCCCCUCAUCGCAGCGCGCCAUAAGCCGUCACCACGAGUUCAACAUGUUCCUCACCCCGCCCCCCACCUCCCCCUUCCUCGAAACGCAUUUUCCCAAGCUCUACUCCAAAGAACCCAUCGACCCAUACUACAUAAAGAAACUCGAAUCUAUCAAGAAUGAGAAGUGCAUCUUCAAACUUGAAGGCUUCAACGACAUCAAACAGACCGGCGUCACUACUGCCGAAAUACUCCACACCAGCCAAAUCAUCCGGAGACACUGCAAGACCAACCGAUGCACUUUGAGGCAGUUCCUCGAACGCUUCAAGGAGUAUGUACAGAGAUGUCAGCUCAAGGAAUCGAUCCACACCAUCUCGACAUACAUAAAAAGGUUGGAGAUCGCUGCGGAAUUGAAAUAUCACGGACAGAGACCGCAUUUUAGCUUCCUCGACGCUUCAGUUGAAGAUGAUAUCAAGAGCGAUGCGGUUACAACAGUCAGUGAAAAUGUAAUUGAGACUGAUAAUAUGAAUUCGGACGAAACAGCCCAGUUGAAGAUGCUCCUUGGCGUUCCACCAGCCACCUCCAGUCCGAAGAAGAAAAGCAAAAAGAAUAAGAAAAACAAGGAGAAUGUAAACAGAAGCAACAUUGAGGACGGGAAGUACAGUUCCACUCAAGAGUUCUUCAAAUCUUUUGAAAUGCCGUCGUCAAACUCCAGGGCUAACUCGUACUCGCCGUUGACUCCCAAUGUUGAGGAGUUUGUGAAGUAUUACAACUCUCAAAGUCAGCACGGACAAAGAUCCAGGUCAGUGGAGACCUUAGCUGUAACCAGACCGGCGCCAAAGGUUGUGGCAACCAUAUCUUUCAGCAGCCAGGAGUUUUUCGACGCCAGCCUGGCUAAAAUGAAUGAAUUGAACAAAUUCAGGAAGAUUUAAUCAACUUUUUAUAUGAUUUGACUAAAGCGAUAAAGCGACUAUGCUUUUAUUAUUUUAAUUUUAGAA